UAAAACCAACCCCCCUCGACCCGUCGGCGAAAAGAGAGGGGCCGAUGGCGGGCGAGGAAGGAGAAGGGAAGCCGAGAGAACCGACGGUUGGAUGGAGGGGAAGAUUGGAGGAUCAGUGGUUGAGGAUCAAGGAGCACGCAGAGACGUACCCGUACGUGUGGGCGUCGUACAUCUUGGUGUACGGCGGCAUCGGGGCGUACCUCACCUGGCGGUGGCGGAAGCUCCGGCGGACGGAGGACCGGGUCCGCGCCCUCCAGGAGCGCCUUCGCAAGCUCGUCGACGAUGAGAACUCCGCCGCCGGGCUCCCCGGACCGAGCGGUGGCGCUCCCCCAUCCACACCCUCGCCGCCGCCGCCGCCGCCGUCGAGUGGGCAGUGAUGAUAAACAAUACUUCCCUGUGGAGCAAUUCAGGUGCUCGAAGUGAGAGAGAUGACAUGAUUUGGGCACUUACAGCGGCGUUGUAGCUGGGGAAGAGGAUUCUUUGCCGAUAUCGUUUUUCUUCUCCAACUCCUUUCCGAUCUUUCUUCAUGUCAUUUAAGAUUUAAUGCCUCCAUAGGUGCUCAUAAUGAGGAGGGUGCCGGUUUGGGCAUUUGCAGCAGCCUUGUAGCUGAAGAGGAUCUCUUGAUAAGUAUCAGGGUAUGUUUUAUUGGAACCAUUUAGAAGAGCAUCCCUCUGUUUUAUCUCUUUUCUGUUUCUAAUAUUUUUUUUCAAUUUUAGUGGGAGGUUUUCUUGGA